CUCCUCAUUUGUUUCUACUACAUAUAUAGCUCGAGGAGUAAAGGGCAUAUCAGCUACAAUCAAACAUGGCGAGUUCAAGAGUUGUAGUUGUUGUUGCUGCACUCAUUUUAGUACUACUCUUCGGAGAGCUUGCUGCUGCCGGUCGCGUGCUUCUCCAGGGUUAUGGAGCUGGCGGUGGCGGCGGUUCUGGCGGUGGCAGCGGUUCUGGGUUAGGCGCUGGUUAUGGUUAUGGUGAAGGGUCGGGAUACGGUGAAGGCGAGGGAAUUGGAGGGGGAGGUUACGGGAGGGGUGGCGGCGGUGGCGGCGGCGGCGGUUCUGGGUACGGGUCAGGCGGUAUCGGUUCUGGUUAUGGUUCUGGAUAUGGGUCGGGUUACGGUUCGGGUGGAGGGCUGGGAGGCGGCGGUUAUGGGAGUGGCGGAGGAGGCGGGGAAGGAGGUGGGUCUGGGUACGGGGUCGGAGGGAGCGGAUCGGGAUACGGUUCGGGAUACGGCAGUGGUUCCGGGUACGAAAGUGGUGGUGGCCUAGGAGGAGGUGGUGGCGGUGGCGGCGGAGGGGGCGGAGGCGGUGGCGGUGGCGGAUCGGGUUAUGGGUCUCAUGGAGGUUCGGGUUACGGAUCCGGAUAUGGGUCUGGAUAUGGGUCUGGUGGGGGCCAUGGGUAAAGUAAGAAAGAUAUAUGCAUGUAUUAGAGACUAUUUUGUAUUUAGCACGAAAUAAUAAGCACCUUCACCUUGUAUUGUAGUAGUGCUACGUACGUACGUAUACAUGCAUGUAUACUAUUGUACGGCAUAUAGAGUUCGUGCAGUUCGUAUAUGCGUCGAUUAUGCGAAUAAAAGUGAGCCUUGUUGUACGCCUAAAACUAAUAUAUAGUGGACUUAAUUAA